AACAAUUGCGGGAGCUAGAACAAACAAUGAAGACAGAGAAGAGAAUUAAUUAAUUGACCAUUAAGCCCCUUCUGCGUGUUUGCUGCAAUUGCAAUUAGCUCUCCUUCAAUCUCUCCGAACCUCGACCUCCGGUUUCCCUCCGUGAAAUUACUCUCGGCCUCGCCGGAAAGCCCCACGCUCCAACUAGGAGACUUGGGGACUGUGUAAAUUGAGAAAUAAGAGCGGGAAAGAAAAGCCCGCGCUAUUUUGAAGACACGAUGAUGCUAAUCUGUUGAAUAUCCGCGUGCUUCAGACGAGCGGAAUGGAGUUGUCCAUGGGCAGACAGGAUCCUGCUAUACUUCAGUUGCACAAAUGGGGGUCCUCCGAAGCCCAACUCAACCUUUCAGAAUUUCGUGAAGCAUUUCUUUCUCCUACAAGACAGAUACUGCUUUUGCUUUCAUAUCAGCAUGAAGCUCUUUUGCUUCCUCUGAUUACAGGGGACUCAGAUGGCAGUGAUUCAAAAAGCAGCCAUGAUCAUCAUAGUAAUCACAGUUCAGGUUUAUCAACUAAUUUCUUACGGGAGUCAACAAGACCUAGUAGAUCAGGUUUUGUGAAUGAUAUGCCUUGUACAUCAGGAUCAGAAAUUCAGUUUGACUGUGUUCCUGCUGAAACUGAAUGUUCAAGAUCUGAUAGUCACCCUUUUAUUAGUGAUGUGAACUCAUUUGCCUGGGGUCUGUGUGGGGAAAGCUAUGAUCAACACAGUGAUGCUUCAUUUAGAGAACUUUUAUUUGUGUCUGGAAGAUGUGGGGUGACAGUCCAUGCAUUUUCUAAACUGAAUAAAUUAGGAGGCAUGGUUCAGGCUGCAUUAGAGGACCACUUUGGGCAAGGCAGAUGGGUUGAAUGGGGGCCUUUAUGUUUAUUGACUCAAAACAUGAAAGUGGAUGAGUCUUGCAGCCUUGGUCAUGAAUUCUCUCGAGCUCAGGAUGUAGAUGGGACUGGUAGAGAUGGUGAAAUGCCUCAUAAUCAUUGUGAAAUUGUCAGGGAUGAUGAUCGGGGCUCUACUGCUAAAAAAUGGCUGAAAUCAUUCUUCAUUGGAGUUAAAACUACUGUAUGUGAUGGUACAGCCUGGACUAGGUUCCCUGAGAGUAAAGAAUUUCCUUCCUCUGCGGAAGUGAUUUCCUUCAACAUAUUUGAUUUCAAUCAACCUCAGGACUUUUGUUAUAAUGAAAAGCAUGCCCAAAAUACAGAGAAUUCAUUAGAAGAUAAGUCUGACCAUCAAAGCUUGCAUUUGUGUGGAGCAGAUACUGCAUCUGUUGUUUUGUCCAGUUUCUUUGGUGUCAAGAUAAACAGGUGCUACAAAUGCCUGAAUGUAUUCUCCAGUGCAUCAUAUCACUUGGUCGGAUUUUUUUUAACGCCAACAGAUUCCAUGUCUGUCAAUACUGGUGAUGCAAAUGAAAGAGAGAAGUGCAGAAAUUUACUUCUUGUUGCCAGGCUUGACAGUAGGGGCAUCCAUUGGGUUUCAUUGGUGAAGCUUGAUGAAAGAAUAAACAUAGACCUGGCCAUGGAGUGGACAGAUUUCCAGUUUUCUGACAAUUUGCUUGUUUGUCUUAACUCUUCUGGCUUGAUUGGUCUUUAUGAUGCAAUGUCAGGUGAGUUUGUGACACAUUUUAAUGUUGCACAGGCUUGUGGGCUUCAUCCUCAUUCUGACUUGCGAGGGGUAGAAAAGUUUCCCUUAACAAGUGAUGUAGAAGUUAAGCAAGUAUGUGAUGUUAAGGUUAAAUUAUCCGUUCUGCAUAGUGAUCCAUCUAGAAGAUCAUUCAAAAGGUUAGUUGUUGCUUCACAUACCUCCCUUUUAGCUGUGGUUGAUGUAAAUGGUGUGAUCUAUGUGAUAUGCAUAGGUGAUUAUAUGCCAAAAACGAAUUCUUCAUAUGAGACGUUGCUUCCAUAUGGUCAGCAAUCUGGACUGGGAAUUUUGCUUAAUUGGGGAGUCUGUGGUUCCGAUAUAGGUCACCAAAUGAAAAACUCUAAUUUCUCAAGCCAUUGUCAUGCCAAUAAAGCUGUUGGUAAUGUGCUUCAAAACAUUGGUGACUCCACCUUUCAAGGAAUGGGGGACUUAUAUGAUUCAUAUUCAAGUGGCUUUUCUGCUGUUUCUAAAGUAUCUGAUAAUCGCAAACAUUGUGCUUCUGAAGUGGAGUCACAUAUUAUGAGAAAGAUCUUCCUUCCUAAUUUCAGAUCCAGUGAAGAUUAUUCUAUUUGUUUUUCUCCUUUGGGAAUUACUUUUCUAACUAAAAAGCAGAAUGUGAAGAAUGGAAAAUCUUCUCGGCUUGUUCAUUUUAAUCUGCUAGUGAAAUCAGCUAUUUAUGAUGACAACUGCUUAAAUAGUGGAUAUGAUUUGUACCAGCUCAAUGGAAUGGAAGAGAUAACUAUUGGAGAAGCACUUGGUUGUGCAUUCCAAGGCUGUUUUUAUAUUGUUAGAGAAGAUGGUCUAUCUGUGUAUCUCCCAUCGCUUUCAUUGUCGUCAAAUUCCCUUCCCAUUGAAUUCAUUGGUUAUCACCAGUCAAAUAAGAAUACAAUGAUUUCAUGUAAAGUAAAAGGCAAUGUGGAAAUGAAUGAAGCAGUAGUUAGGUGUUGUCCUUGGAAAAUUGAAAUUUUGGACAGGGUUCUUCUGUAUGAAAGCACUGAAGAGGCAGAUCGAUUGUGUUUGGAAAAUGGAUGGGACAUAAAAAUUGCUCGCAUCCGUCAAUUACAAAUAGCAUUGGACUACUUGACAUUUGAUGAAAUAGAGAGAUCUUUGGAAAUGCUUGUGGAUGUCAAUAUCGCAGAUGAAGGUAUUGUGAGAUUGCUUUUUGCUGCUGUCCAUCUUAUGCUUAACAAAAGUGGGAAUGAUAGUGAAACUUCUGCUGCUUCGAGGCUGCUUGCAUUGGCUUCUUGCUUUGCAACCAAGAUGCUGCGUAAAUAUGGGUUGCUGCAACAUAAGAGAGAUUCAUUCAUGAUGGAGGGGUUUAACCAGACUGGAUUACUUUGUCUUCCCCCAAUUGAACCAUAUAAUCUACGGACUGAAGUGGAUUUUAAUCGAAAACUUCAUGAGAUGGCUCAUUUCUUGGAGAUAAUCCGAAAUCUGCAAUGUAGACUUAGGUCAACAUUUCAAAGCGCCAAUCAAGGAUUGGUUGACAGUGGGGACAAAUCAACUUUGAUGAGUGCAGACAUGUUGCAGGAGGAAUCUCCACUUUUGUUUCUUCCAUCAGGUUCAAUGACAUUGGAUUUGUUGAACCAACAUGAACGUUCUUUUCCUCUACCUGCAUCAGGUGGUGAUGAUGCUGGGAAUUUUGCUUUGAUGCCCAUGGAUUUUAAGUCACAUAUGGUCAUGGAAGAAGUUAGUGAAGCAUCUCCUUUUGUUCCUUUACAAGGAAUCACAGAAGAGAAGAUUUUGCCAGUGGAAAAUCCGAAAGAUAUGAUGGCUCGUUGGAAGAUUGAUAAUUUGGACCUCAAGACUGUGGUUAAAGAUGCUCUUCUCUCUGGUCGUCUUCCUUUGGCUGUUCUUCAAUUGCAUCUUCAUCGUUCAGAAGAUUUGAUCACUGACAAAGAUCCUCAUGAUACUUUUACUGAAAUUCGUGAAAUUGGCAGAGCUAUUGCUUAUGAAUUAUUUUUGAAGGGUGAAAUUGAACUUGCUGUUGCAACACUCCAAAGACUUGGAGAGAACAUUGAAUCCUGUCUCAAGCAGCUGUUGUUUGGCACAGUAAGUAGAUCUCUUCGAGCACAGGUUGCUGAGGAAAUGAAAAGAUAUGGUUACUUAGGACCGUAUGAGUGGAAGAUUUUAGAAGAGAUGUCACUCAUUGAGAGUCUCUAUCCCAGCAGUAGCUUCUGGAAAACAUAUCAUUGCCGGCUGAAUGAAACCAGUGUUCCAUCAAACCCUGCUUUGCCAGGAGAAAAUAGAUUAUUCCUCUCGCAUGUAUUUGGCAAUUUUACAAUUGAGUGUGGUGUGAUAGAUGGAAUUGUGUCGGAUUCAUGGAUAAAUACGAGUGACACUGACUCUACUCUGGAAGCUGAUGAAGAGGAUGCUCAUGUUGGGUAUUGGGCUGCUGCUGCUGUCUGGUUUGAUGCCUGGGAUCAAAAAACUGUUGAUCGUAUGAUAUUGGGCCAAUCGUUUUCUUCGGACAUUUCUCUACUAUGGGAAUCAGAGCUUGAAUACCAUGCCUGCCGCAAUAAUUGGAAGGAAGUCUCUAGAUUACUGGACCUGAUGCCUGCAUCUGUUCUAUCUGCUGGGAGCCUUCAGCUCAAUUUGGAUGCUUUACAUCCUACGUCAUCUUUAGGAUUGAAUAUGAAGCCUUCUAACUAUGGAAGUUACUUAUGCUCUCUUGAAGAAUUGGAUUCUGUAUGCAUGGAAGUUUCAGGUGUCCAAAUAUAUAAAUUUUCACCCAAUUUGUGUUCUGUGUGGUUGAGGAUGCUCAUGCAGGAGAAGCUUGCUAAAAGAUUUAUCUUUCUGAAGGAAUAUUGGGAAGGAACAAUGGAGAUAGUAUCUCUUUUGGCUCAUUCAGGCUUCAUAUCUGGCAGAGAUAAGAGGACCUUGGAGGAUGAUUGUUUGGAGACUUCGUCAGAUAAAGAUGGAACACUACAGGCUUUGCAUAAAGUGAUUGUACAUCAUUGUGCACAAUAUAACUUGCCAAAUCUUCUGGAUCUUUACCUUGACCAACAUGGUUUGGUCCUGGAUAAUGAUUCACUUUGUUCAAUGCAGGAAUCUGCAGCUGACUGUCAAUGGGCAAGAUGGCUACUCUUGUCUAGAGUUAAGGGACAUGAAUAUGAGGCCUCACUUGCCAAUGCUCGUGAAAUAAUGUCACGUCAUUCAGUUCCUAGAAGUGACCUCAGUGUUCUGGAGCUAGAUGAAAUAAUUCGUACUGUUGAUGACAUUGCUGAAGGAGGGGGAGAAAUGGCAGCUCUGGCAACCCUGAUGCAUGCUGCUGUUCCAAUUCAAAGUUGCUUGAAUAGUGGUAGUGUAAGUAGGCAUAGUAAUUCCUCUGCCCAGUGCACUUUGGAGAAUCUUAAGCCAACUCUUCAGCGGUUUCCGACAUUGGGGCGCACCCUAAUAGGAGCAUGUCUUGGAGAAGACACAAUGAGUUCUUUGGUCCCUAGAGCAACGAUGGCUUUAUCAAACUAUCUAAGUUGGCGUGAUGAAAUUUUCUUCUCUACUGGACGUGAUACUUCACUUCUGCAGAUGCUUCCGUGCUGGUUUCCUAAGGCCGUGCGAAGAUUGAUACAACUUUAUGUCCAGGGUCCUAUGGGAUGCCAAUCAUUUUCAGGAUUUCCCCCUGGGGAGACUGUGCUAAAUAGAGACAUUGAUUUAUUUAUAAAUGGUGAUGUGCAUACUGAGAUAAGUGCUAUCUCCUGGGAAGCAACUAUCCAAAGACACAUUGAAGAAGAACUAUAUAAUUCUGUAUUUGAGGAAACAGGGCUUCGGCUUGAGCACCACUUACAUCGUGGACAUGCUUUGGCAGCUUUCAACCAGAUUCUUAUCAAUAGAGUUCAGCAACUAAAGUCAGGAGGGGGAGCCAGUGCUUCAACAAGUGGGCAAACGAACAUUCAAUCUGAUGUUCAGACACUUCUUUCACCACUAUCACCGAGUGAAGAGAAUCUCCUUUUGCCAAUUUUGCCCUUUGCUGUUAUGCAUUUUGAGGAUUCUAUGCUGGUUGCUUCAUGUGCUUUUCUUCUGGAGCUAUGUGGUUUGUCUGCUAGUAUGUUGCAUGUUGACAUUGCUGCACUAAAACGAAUUUCUUCUUUCUACAAGUCAAGUGAACGUAAUGACAAUCUCAGACAAUUGUCACCUAAGGGUUCUGUUUUUCAUGCGAUAUCCCAAGAAGGUGAUGUAACAAAAUCUCUUGCCCGAACUCUAGCUGAUGAAUAUUUGCACAAGGAUUCUCUUGGAAUUUCUAAUAAGGCUGGAGGUCCAAGUAGACGACCUUCUCGAGCCCUUAUGCUUGUUCUACACCACUUGGAAAAAGCAAGCAUUCCAAGAGUGGUUGAUGGAAAUUCCUGUGGGUCCUGGCUUUUGAGCGGUAAUGGUGAUGGAUCUGAGUUAAGGUCUCAACAGAAGUCUGCUAGUCAGCACUGGAGUUUGGUUACAAAUUUUUGCAGGAUGCAUCUGCUUCCAUUAAGUACAAAGUACCUUGCAAUGCUUGCUAGAGAUAAUGACUGGAUUGGAUUCUUGUCUGAAGCUCAGAUUGGGGGGUAUUCAUAUGAUGCAGUAUUCCAAGUGGCAUCAAAGGAAUUUAGUGAUCCACGCCUCAGACUUCAUAUGUUGACAGUUUUGAGAGGAAUGCAGUUAAAGAAAAAGGCAAGUUCUUCAUGCUCAGAUACUCUGGAGAAAGGAUGUGAGACAUUCUUUCCUGAUGAAAACAUAUUUGUUCCUGUGGAGCUCUUCCGAAUACUGGCAGUGUGUGAAAAGCAAAAAAGUCCUGGAGAGGUUCUCUUGAUGAAAGCAAAAGAACUCUGCUGGUCUAUAUUGGCAAUGAUUGCUUCAUGCUUCCCUGAUAUCUCUCCAUUGUCAUGCCUGACUGUUUGGUUGGAAAUUACCGCAGCAAGAGAAACUUCUUCUAUCAAGGUGAACGAUAUUGCUUCUCAGAUUGCAGAUAAUGUUGGUGCUGCUGUAGAUGCAACUAAUGCCCUGUCGGCAGGGGAUAGAAUGCUUACAUUUCACUAUAACAGGCAGAGUCCUAAACGUCGACGGUUAAUAGCACCUACUUCACUAAAUUCCUCGGCUUUUGCAAUUUCUAACAUCUCAAAUACUUCUUUGGGUGAAAAAGUAUUCGAUUCCCAAGGUAUAUCAAAUGAGAAAAAGAAAGAAGUGGAAGAUUCUGUAUCCACCAAUGUUCCAAGUGAUUCUGAUGAAGGCCCUGCAUCUCUUUCUAAGAUGGUUGCUGUGCUUUGUGAACAACAGCUAUUUUUACCUUUGCUAAGGGCAUUUGAGAUGUUCCUUCCAUCAUGUCCCCUGUUGCCGUUCAUUCGUGCUCUUCAGGCAUUUUGUCAAAUGCGUCUAUCUGAAGCUUCAGCACAUUUGGGCUCCUUCUCUCUCAGGAUUAAGGAAGAACCGACAUACUUACAGGCUACUGUAGGAAGAGAAGGGCAAACUGGGACAUCAUGGAUCAGUUCUACUGCUUCAAAAGCUGCUGAUGCUGUGCUUUCAACUUGCCCGUCUCCUUAUGAAAAAAGAUGCUUACUGCAACUUCUUGCUGCUACUGACUUUGGGGAUGGUGGAUAUGCAUCGGCAUACUAUAGAAAAUGCUAUUGGAAAAUUAAUCUAGCAGAGCCUUUACUCUGUAAGAAUGAUGAGCUGCAAUUAGGAAAUGAAACUUUAGAUGAUGCUUCACUCUUGUAUGCACUAGAAAAGAAUAGGCACUGGGAGCAGGCGAGGAACUGGGCCAGACAAUUGGAGGCCAGUGGUGGACAAUUAAAAUCUGCUAUGAAUCAUGUUACUGAAUCUCAGGCUGAAUCUAUGGUAACUGAAUGGAGGGAGUUCCUUUGGGAUGUGCCAGAGGAGAGAGCUGCUCUGUGGGCCCACUGCCACACACUAUUCAUCAGAUAUUCCUUCCCUGCUCUUCAAGCGGGGUUAUUUUUCCUUAAACAUGCAGAAGCUGUUGAGAAAGAUGUUCCAGCAUGGGAGCUUCAUGAACUUUUGUUGGUUUCUUUGCAAUGGCUCAGUGGGAUGAUAAGCCUAUCUAACCCAGUCUGUCCGUUGCACCUUCUGCGUGAAAUUGAGACGAAAGUAUGGCUCUUAGCAGUUGAGUCGGAGAUUCAGAUGAAGAGUGAAGGAGACUUCGCCAUUUCCACCAGGGACCCUGUUAACAAGAAUGAUACCAAUAUUAUUGACCGAACUGCAAGUAUAAUUGCAAAGAUGGACAAUCAUAUAAAUACAAUGACGAAUAGAACUGUAGAAAAAUAUGAGUCCAAAGAAAAUAACCAAAUUGCUUACAAGAACCAAACAGCUGAUGCUGGGUUGUCAACUGCUUUUACUGGAAAUACAAAGACAAAAAGAAGGGCAAAAGGAUACCUGCCAUCAAGACGCCAACCUCUGGAAUCAGUGGAUAAAUCAGCAGAUACUGAUGAUGGUUCUGGUCCUUUGAGUUUUAAAAAUGAGUUGCAGUUGCAAGAAGAGAACUUAAAGGUGGAAAUGUCUUUUUCUAGGUGGGAGGAAAGGGUUGGAGCAGCAGAGCUGGAAAGGGCUGUGCUUUCAUUGUUGGAAUUUGGGCAAAUAACUGCUGCCAAGCAAGUGCAGUAUAAGUUGUCUCCAGGACAAAUACCAUCUGAAUUUAGACUUGUCGAUGCAGCCUUGAAGCUUGCCGCUAUCUCAACUCCUCCUUGCCAUGUAUCCAUGUCAAUGCUUGAUGAAGAAGUGCUUUCUGUUAUACUGUCAUAUGAUAUACUGAGAGGCCAGCAUAAUGUUGACCCACUGCAGAUUUUGGAGAGUUUGGUGGCCAUUUUUCCUGAAAGAAAUGGACGAGGGCUAUGUAAGAGAAUAAUAGCAGUUAUAAAAGCUGCAAACAAGUUGGGCGUCUUGUUUUUUGAGGCAUUCAACAAGCAACCAAUUGAACUACUACAGCUGCUUUCUCUUAAAGCACAAGAGUCCUUUGAGGAGGCAAGCCUCUUAGUGCAGACUCAUUUAAUGCCAGCUGCAAGUAUUGCUCAGAUACUGGCAGAAUCUUUCCUAAAGGGAUUGCUGGCUGCCCAUCGUGGAGGCUAUAUGGAUUCUCAAAAGGAAGAGGAAGGGCCAGCUCCCCUUCUGUGGAGGUUUUCAGAUUUCUUGAAAUGGGCUGAACUUUGCCCCUCUGAACCUGAAAUUGGGCAUGCUUUAAUGCGCUUGGUGAUUACUGGACAAGAAAUUCCACAUGCGUGUGAGGUUGAGCUUCUUAUUCUGUCUCACCACUUUUACAAAUCAUCCGCUUGCCUGGAUGGAGUUGAUGUCCUUGUAGCCCUUGCUGCAACCAGGGUUGACUCUUAUGUGUCGGAGGGUGAUUUUACAUGUUUGGCUCGCUUGAUAACUGGAGUUGGAAAUUUUUAUGCUCUUAAUUUUAUUCUUGGUAUUCUCAUAGAAAAUGGUCAAUUGGAUCUUCUUCUUCAGAAGUAUUCUGCUGCUGCAGCCACAAAUACGGGCACCGCUGAGGCUAUCAGAGGAUUUAGAAUGGCUGUUCUUACAUCUCUGAAGCAUUUCAACCCUAAUGACCUUGAUGCAUUUGCUAUGUCCUCACAGGUGUACAACCAUUUUGACAUGAAGCAUGAGACGGCCGCUCUUUUAGAGUCACGUGCAGAGCAAUCAUGUGAACAAUGGUUCCAUCGCUACGACAAGGACCAGAAUGGAGACUUACUGGAUGCUAUGCGGUAUUUCAUUGAAGCUGCCGGAGUUCAUUCUUCCAUUGAUGCUGGCAAUAAAACACGUAGGGCUUGUGCUCAGGCUUCCCUCUUGUCUCUUCAAAUUCGAAUGCCGGAUUUUCAGUGGCUUUAUCUGUCAGAAACAAAUGCUAGGAGAGCAUUGGUUGAGCAAUCUCGAUUUCAGGAGGCUUUAAUUGUAGCUGAAGCUUAUGGCCUUAACCAGCCAAGCGAGUGGGCAUUGGUACUCUGGAACCUGAUGCUCAGACCUGAAGUAAUGGAAGAGUUUGUGGCUGAAUUUGUCGCUGUUCUACCUCUUCCACCGUCUAUGCUAAUUGAUUUAGCUAGAUUCUACAGAUCUGAAGUGGCUGCCAGAGGGGACCAAUCUCAAUUCUCAGUUUGGCUCACAGGAGGAGGGUUGCCUGCUGAUUGGGCCAAGUAUUUAGGAAGAUCAUUCCGGUGCUUACUGAAGCGGACGAGGGAUUUAAGGUUGCGGGUGCAGUUGAGUACAGUGGCAACUGGAUUUGGGGAUGUCAUUAAUACAUGCAUGAAGGAAAUGGAUAAGGUGCCUGACAGUGCAGCGCCAUUAGUGCUGAGGAAAGGUCAUGGUGGAGCUUACCUUCCUUUAAUGUGAGACAGUUAUUCUUGAUCAGGCAGGUCAACGUCGUCGAACUCUCGAUAGUGGUUCCAGACUUUGACUUGCCCGCAUGAAGAGCAGAAAAAGAUUUCUCGUAGCAAGUCAAAAUGAUGGGUUCUAAUAGUUGUUCUGUUAGUUCGUUGUUGAUAAUCAGAAGUUGGGUUUUUCGAUUAGCAAAAACCAUGCGUGGUUAUUGAUUAGGUCAGCUAUAUAGCUCAUUUUAGUUUGGUUGGUUUCUUUAGCUCUUUGUCUUUCUCCCUCUUGGUUUUUUAUGGGUUGAGGGAGGGUUUAAACUCUACGAGAUUAGUUUCUUCUUCUCCUUUUAUUGAUUAGUGUCAGUUUUAAGGUUAGGAGAAUCACGCAUGUCCCAUUAAUUUCCCCCCUUAUUUUUUCUCCUAAUAUGUAAUGUAUAGUUGUUACUGUACAUUAUAAUUAAGAUUCCAUUUGUCAUGUGUUAUACAUAAUGCAUGACGGUUCUGGCUUGUA